GCAUAAACUCGAUAGCUCGUGAUCCCUGUGCUUGGUCCGCACGCCGAGCGGUGCUACAGAUCAGCCUCCCUCCACAUCAGCUACGGCAUCUCCUGUGCCCAACUCCGCUCAUACACUCUUUCACCGCCGUCCGUCUCUGUCGCUCUCUCGUCUUCCACCGCAUUGCGGCUCUCUUUGGCCGCCUAGCUACUUGACUUCAAUUCGGAAGGAAACUAUUCCCUGGUAUUCGUCCAUAUCAUGCCUCAAACGCCGGCCCAAGAGCAACAGUCAUCGCCGCGCAAGGCGUCGGCCCCUUCUUCGCCUGCCAAACUUGCACCUUCUGAUAUCAGGUCGGGUACGGACGAUCCUCUGAGCCAGUCUCCGUCAACAGACCCUGAUCUUCUAUCCACCCGUCCUGCUCCUAUAUCCCCAGCCUCCUCCCGCCCUUCAUCGGCCGUCUUUUCUCAAGCUUCAUCGGCGCCCCCUUCUCGCAACUCUUCACCUGCCGGCGUGGGAAGGACUCGUAGUGGAUCUUCGGCUUCGAUUGCGUCCCGGACCAAGCGGGCGUCCAGCAUCAAGCGAAAGAGUUUGCUGGCCAAUGUGACUCUCCCGGACGACGGGCUGUCUGGCAGGGAUGAGAGCGAGGGCGUGCCUACCACUAUACCGGAGCAUGAUCAGGUGCAGGCGGAUGGAACGGGAGCGCAUCUCGCCCCAGAAUUUUCUGAGCAUUUGGGAGAGAAGGCGGAUGACGAGAAGCCCGUCAAGGCUCAACAAACGCCCAAAACAGCGGUCCUUCCUUACAUCGUGCGCGACUAUGCGUACGACGUGUCCGAUGACCGACACCGGGGCAUACAUGAAGAAGAGGCUUGGGGCAGUCCUCACGAGCAGGACACUACUUGGGGGCAGGCUCGCGCCGCUCCUGAAGAGGAAGAUGAAGAUACGCAGCACGCAGGGGGAUGGGGAAGCUUUGGAGGCUUCCUCGGCUGGAGACGACGCUUCGGCAGUGGUCAGGAGGGCGAUGAUCAGCAGGAAGAGGCAGAGGAGGUAGAGACCGUGGACGUCGGGGCCGGGCAAAUCCCUGACGAAGAGUACUAUACGACACCGCCUCUGUCCGAAGCCGACCUGGGAUACUCAUACAACGUGCUGCCUCCCCUCGACCCUUCCGUUGAACCGACUGGUCUGCAUCGCGUCGCCUACACCUUUGAUGGGAUGGGCGCCAGCGAGAUGUCUGUUGACGAAGGAGAUCUACUGUAUCUUUCAGGACGAGGCAACGGCAAUGCUGGAUGGGUCAUUGCGAGGAGGAUGCAUGUAGAGCUUGGCAAGGUUGAAAAGGGCGACGCGGUGGGCUUGGUGCCCGAGUCGUAUCUGGAGCGGGUCGAAGUGUACGAUGUGGAAGAGUAGGGUCUUGUAUAUAAGGACACUUUUGGUUUGUAUGGAUAUGCAAUGGAUGCAC